AUGGGUUCAGCAAAUUCACGAACGGCUUUACGCACUCUUAUUCAUGCACUAAUCAAUGGUCAAAGUCUGCCCCAUAUUUUUCUAACUCUAAAUCCGGUCGAUAUCCAUAGUCCUGUAGCACUAUAUUUUGCAGGCGUUAAACUUGAUUUGGACAACAUUCAAAUAGAACAACUUAUAAAUACUUACAAAAGGGCUGAAAUUAUAGCAUUUCAUCCAGUUGCUACUGCAAAAUUUUUUCAUUUAUUGAUUACUAAUAUCUUAAAUACUAUGAUUAUUGAUGGUGUUCUUGGACCAAUAAAGGCUUAUUUCGGUACUGCUGAAAGUCAAGGCCGAGGUUCGCUUCAUUUACAUCUCCUUAUUUGGCUUGGCCAUGAUAUGAAACUAGCCGAUAUGGAAGAAAGAAUCCAAGAUGCCAAUUUUCGUGAUAAGUUAAAAGCAUAUUUAGAAGACAUCAUCAAAGAAGGUUUAGAUGAUUUCAAAAGCAAACAUGCCUUUGAAGAUUCAAACGUGUCAAGAUCAUUCAAUACUCCUAUAAGAUUAUCACAAGAUAAUAUUUAUACCGCUUUACGUACUAUUGAUUUGACAAGCUUUGCAGAAAAUACUCAUGAAUAUCAUUUUCUGUCGACACCGAUGAAACAACAAUGUUCUUCAUCGAUUCCUUAUAAUUCUCCAUCAUGGAAUAGAUCGCUACAAACACCAACACAUGACCGAUCGACAGUCGGUACAGAUGUUCUAUAUAAUCAAUCAUACUUAAUUCCAGCUUGCUUACCUACUCCAAAUCCAUCGUCACCUAACUUUGCAUCAAGAUUUCGUGCAGAUGCCGUGCAACUUGUUGAAACAAGCGAUGUUCACAAGCACAGUGACACUUGCUAUAAAAAAAAAAUAAAUGCAGCAGAUAUGAAAUAUCUAUCGAAGACUGGAGUACCAGUGGAAGAAGCAGGUAACCAAAAAGGUCGAUCAGCUGAUGCACGUUAUCCUUUUCAAACGCAAUAUCCACAAACAACAACACAUCCAUUGAUGAAAUACGGUGAGUAUCAUGUACCUAUUCUUUAUGGUCCACAAAUUCCUCGACGAGAUCUUAAAAUUGAAAAUAAAUAUGUAAAAUUUGUUGUAGCUCAUCGUCAAUCUUCUUCAAAUGAAUCUAUCGAUUAUGCAAAUCAACAGCUUGUAUCGUUCAUUUUUGCAACACCAAACCUUAUUCGAUUAAACACACAAUGGCAAGAACAACUGAGGAAUGAAAAAGAAUGGGUUAGACGAGGUUUAAUUACAGGCCACUAUGACAAAGCAGAUGAUACAUUAGAUUUACACGCUGUAAAAGAUGCCGUUGUAACAGUAGUGAAUCGGAGUAAUGAUAAUAAAAACAGUUUUGAAAAUUAUGGCUCCACUCUUCCAGUGGUCUCGAUCACAACUAACUUUUCCACUCAAAAAAUCAUCGCUGACGAAUUUACAUUAAAUAAAGAACAACAAGCUGCAUUCAUCAUAAUAACAAGUCAUCUUGAUGGUGAUAGUCGUUAUCGUACAGAUACUUUUACAAAAUAA